CAAUGCAUUCAGCACCGACCAAAUCCGAAGACAUAUACACAAACACAUCAAGCACUCACGUAUAAUAAUAUAGGUCGGUAAUUGGUCAGAAGCGUAGAAACGGUGCUGCCAGUCGAAUCUGCUUUGGUUUCUAGUAUCAUUCGUUUUGGUGUCUUUCCUGUAGAUAUAACCUAAUCAGAUAUUCAUUUUGGAGGUUAAAAUUCCAAAUAUCUAACCAGGAAGUUUUUUUUUUUUUUCAAAGUAUUUUUUUUAAAAAAAGCAGAAAAAGGAAGAGGGGAAAACGUUAGAAAAGAUACAGAUUUCUUCACGGUAACCAUAACAAGAUGGAUUACGUUUUUCAAGCCUGGAUACCAAACUUUUCUUCAAACAGUCUGUUUUGUAGACUACGCAAAAUACUUCCUGGUACUAAUAGGAAACAAAUGAUGCCGACUUCUUGAGAUACAGCACAGCUUUAACACCGUGGAACUGUUGCACUGUUGCCAAACUUCAAAAUGGCUACGAGAGCAGCCACUUUCACAUCAAAAAUUCAGACUUUACAAGAGUACCAAAAUCGCAUUAGGAAUGACAUGCUGCCUGAACAAAGCGGAGUGGAUAUAGUUAACACUUUGAAGUACUUUUCACAGACGUUACUUAGCGUACUUAAAGACGUUCCUGAUAUCCCGUCUGAUAGCUAUGGCCCACGUCAAAGAGACAGUGUCCGCUUGUCUGUCUUCCCAAAUUUGAAUUACUCUGGCUUGUAUGAAGCAGUUCUGAAUAUAAUUGAUAUAGUUCCUCAGCUGCUUGUCAAACAACACGAUCUUGGUGAAGCAAUAUCGAAUGUUCUUGGAUGUUUGGUGCCAUUUCUAGAGCAUGAAUUGCUCAAUGCCCUUCCUUACACUGUAGCAUCGACUCUGGCAAUUUUCCCACCUUCUUUACACAAAGAUACAAUUGACCUCCUCUGCAGCAGUCUUCUUCCUAUGACAUUGGGCACUUUUGGUCAUGAUGAACCCACGUAUGCAAGUGAAUCAGCAGCUGCUAUCAUUACGAUAGUCUUCCAACACACUGAAAAUAGCAUGUUUCAUUCUCAAAUUCUGGAAUUCUUUAUGAGUAUGAAAAGAGAAGUAGUUAAGGACCUGCUCAGUGUUAUUGCAUAUGGACCCCCUUCUGCAAGGGCCCCAGCUGCUAAUUUACUGUUCUACUACUGGCCCCAAUUAAACCCAUCACAUUCAGAAAGACGUGGAAUUCACUACAAAUAUCAACCAUGGCCACGUGUUCUGUGUCAACGAGAAAACUGCGUAAACUCAGGAAAGUGUCAAGCUGUCAAGAUGUGUCCAAACCCUGCUCUUGCAAUUCAGUCAAGGGACAAACCACCCCCACUAUAUGUCUGUAGUGACUGUGCAGAACCACUUCAGAGAGUACAUGAUGAGUACAUGGUUGAUAUACUGCUUCCAAUGUCUCAUGUACCAACGACCUGCGAGAACAAGAAUUGCCGUUCAAGCAAUGCCAUUGCCGUGUGUACCUGUUUUAAUAUCAACUGUGCUAGUCAGAAUGGUAACCGACCAAUCAGGUACUGUCAAAACUGUCACAUGGUACGCCACAGCAGUGAAACUGGACAGAGACAUAUCUUCCAUGAAAGCAUUCCAGAAAUCUGGCAUUGUGAUCGAGAGAUGCAGCGUUAUUUAAUCGAUGCUAUUGUAAGUCUACUCAAAGAAGCACAACCCCUGCAAUCAAAACGAGUUGUUGAAAUGGGUGAAGAACACUUCUAUCAAGUUCCCGAGGAAGACGACUUCUAUGAUGAAGGCGGCACUGACCGGAAGCUGUUGAGCCGCUACGGUAUUUGGCUGCUAGUUGAACUUUGCAAACCCAAAGAAGACAUUUCAAUUGAAAUCCUUGGUCGUCUCCUAAGUAUGCUAUUCCAGUGGUUUGAUGCCACAGCCUAUUUAACUGAUGAUAAUGCUGGAAGUGCUCUUGAACGUUUGAAACCCGAGUACAUUUCAAAAUGGCUUCAGAAAGUUGCUAAAUCUCAUUUUGAAGUAAUAGUGUCCUGCUUGCUCCCCCAUCCUGUUGAAUAUGCUCGAGUGGGAGGUUACUGGGACACAAUAACAACACGUACAACUCAGAUAAAAGAAGGAUUGAACUGCUUUUUUUGCUUAGUACCCUAUGACAUUAUUACGUUUGAGAUAUGGGAUUAUGUGAUGCCCUAUUGGCUUGAGGCAAUUCGUACUGAAGUCCCUUUGGAUGAAUUGAAUGAAUUAAAAGUCCUUUUAAACAAAGCAUUUGACAUUGACAUGUGCCCUUUACCAUUCACAUUGGAACGUAUGUACCACUUUGUGUCUGAAAGAUUCCAUGAUGGCAGUGCUUAUGUUCAAGAACAAUCACUACAAUGGCUUCAGGUAUUGUCUUCCUUGGACAUCAUUAUUCCGAUUCAUCUGCUCCUGAAAAUGUUCAAAAAUGGUGUAGAAUUCCUUCAUCGUUCUGAUCCUUCUAAAGCAUCCUCUGGAAGAGACCUGGCCUCUCAGUCACUACUGUCACCUGCUUCCCCUGUCGAAGAAUACUUACCCCAAUUUAGUCCUGAGAGGUCCAAAACCAUGAAUGAGACUGUUGACUUAUUCGAACGAGAGACAGAAUUGCAUCUACCCUGCUUCCUUAUGAUGUUAGACAUUCUCUUGAAACAGCUGGAAUUACAAGAAACUCCACGAAAUCUAGGAAUUUAUAAUGAGACAAGUCAACAGCUGAUGCAUCUCCUGUCAACAACCCUCGAUGGGCCAUGGGAUGGCACACAUACAUGCAGCGAGGAACACCAGUCUAUCAACUGCCUCUACUGUCAGAAUAUUGCCAUGUGGUAUCAAAUGUCUUCAAAGAUAUUGCACUACAUAUGCCCACGUGAUGUUGCUAAGAUCCCUGCAAAAGAGUUACCCAAGCUUGAUAAUCUAUCAUCUGUGUCUACAGCGCAUUCGAAAGCAAGCGAUUCUAGUAGCAGCAGUGGUCAAGAAAAAAUGGCACCACACCUCCAAGAGAGCCCGAAAUAUGACUUUUUUAUAGCAGGCAUGCCAAUUUAUUUGCAACUCUACAAUUCACUGUUACAGGGUUUGUGCUCUGACCCGGAUGUGGAUGUCUGCUUUUAUUUGUUAACAAGUCUCAAGUAUUUAGUCCUUCAUGGUGAAACAUUAAACUACAGUGUUCAAACACAUCAAGACUUUGUUAAAUAUUCCCUCAGCAAGAAAUUAAUGCCAGUUCUGUGGAAGAUGAUGCAAGCAGAACAUUCUCAGCUGGCAUCCAUUUGUGUGCCAUUCCUUUUACACACACUCACUUUACCCACCGGUGCUGAUAUACUCUGGCAUAUGGUAGAAAAUGAUUUUGGAUCAGAUGACUGGAAAGUACGUUUUGCUGCAGUUGAAAAAGUUGUGGUGAUUUGUCGUCUGUUAGAUGUUGACUCUAUACAUAACAAUCAAGUUGUGCAGACUGCUCUCUCCCAUGCAUUCUGCUACCUUGUUGGUUCUCUAGAAGACAUGAACACUGCUGUUUCUCAAAGAACAAUUAUUUAUUUGGAAACCAUUAAGCCAUGGCUAUUAAAGUAAUGCCUAAUUCAGUGUUUGGAAUUUCAAUUUGAUACAGUGAUUAGUGAUCGCACUAUGAUUUUACACAGGAUGUAUCUCCUCUCCAGCAUUCUACCUGAUCAGCCCAUCCUCACCUGGAAUUUCUUCCUCUCUCGUUUUGACACCUUAUCACUAGAAGCUCAACUAGACCUUGAAAAUACUGGAAACAUAAGCUACCCUACAGAUUUAACUAGUAGUGACCGUGAAAGUGAGCACUUCCUUCGGAAACUGAACCGCGCUCGGUUUGCAUUGGCCAGAACUGACAGCAUUCGGUCAGUUAGUGAAAGUCUAAAGAACAAACCUCCAUACCGAAGAGCCGUGUCAGUGCCUCUUCACCUUGUUACCAGAACAGCACCACCGAAAGAAUCCUUAUACACAUCUCAAUCCUGCACCGUAUUGCAUGAGGUUUUGGCUGGGGUCUUCGCAACUGGAUGCCCCUUUUAUUGCCAACCACUAUUUCUUCACUAUAAGGAAAAAUCUUGCAUCAGACAACAGUCAGCCCCACAGUUUAGCUUGGGACGGCGCAUGACUGCCAAAUUUGGUUUAGGUACUUUUACAAAUUACGUAUUUGCUGGAGGUGGAAAUCUACGAGAAUUUACCGAUGAAGAAAGCAAUUUUACUGAACUACUUCAAAAAGCAAUGGAUUUAGAAGGAGUUGAUAGAGACACAAUACAUCAACUUGUUGCUUUACUCAUGAAGUUUAUGGCAAAAAUAGAAGACGAAGAUAUUGCUGGUUACUGUUGUCCAGGUAAACCCCAGAGCAUCGUUCUCCGGCAUCUUAAUGUCUUGUUAGGAUAUAAUCAAACAGAACAAACCUUUAGUGUUCCACCAUAUAAACUGAGAUCCUCAGCUGUUUUUAAUGCUUUCAUCAGUGGAGUACCUUAUAUCCUAGAUCGGAAUUUUGCCCUUGGAAACAUGAUAUUACCAAUUACAUUAAUGGUCCUGAAAUACUCUCCCUCACCACAGCGCUAUGCCAGUGACUAUCAACCUCCCAAUUAUACUUUGUGGUUCCUAGAACCAUGUGUGAGACAUUCUUGGCUAAUGGCUUUCCUAGUGGUCCUCUAUAAGUACCAAGUCAAUGCCAACAGUGCAACAACAGAAAUAGUUCAAAUUCUGAUAAGAAUUGUAAUCAACACAAUUGAAGCUCAACAUCACAAAUGUAAAAAAGGAGAAGAGGGUUUUACUCCACCAAUACCGCAGUUUCAUAGAAGUAGAGAUGCCAGUAAAGUUUCUGCAAGUGAUUUGGAGAAUAUUCAAGAAACGGAAACUCCUCCUCAAAGCCCCACCUAUCAGAAGGAAGAGAGUGGAGGCGGUUACAAAGUGAGCAACCUUCACAUCAAAAUGACAUCUCCUGUGAAAGACAGCAUUGUUCAUUACACAAAGAACAAGCAUACAGUGAAGAAAGUGAUUCCAGAAGGCCCUAUGUCGGAUACAGAUUCAACACCGACACACAGCAGCAGUAAUAAGAAAGAUCAAAAGAAAGCAGCGAAACACAACCGCUUCAGUCGACAAGGAGGGAGACAUGGUGCAGCAAAUGAAGUGGAUGUUAGAUCAUCAACCUCUCCUGCCCAGUCUCCAGAUGAUAAUGAUGACUUCAAGCAUAGUAUAGUACCACUGCGUGAUGUGACUGAUGAUGCCACUGCUGGUACCACUACAACUACAUCAACUGCUACUAGUGCUAGUAGUAGUAGCACUGCUGCUACUGCUAAUACAGCUGCUGGUAGUGGUGAAGCAACAUCCUCUCCUACUACUGCAGUAGAGAAGAAGAUGGCCCAGCAAAUUCAGGAAUUCGAACAGCAGAACGAAGUUCAAAAGCACCCAGCAGCUGCCCCAACACUGUCCAGUAGCACCACUACUGAUGGCAAUAGUGGCCGUGAUGGUACCACUACUUCAGAGUGGAGUCGUGACCAAGCACUGUCAGAAGUAGACAGCACUGAGGACAGUGAAAAGGGGCAGACAUCGGAUGCUGAAUCCGAGAAGCAUCACACAGCAACUGAUUCAGGAGAUGCUGCAUUAGAUGAAAAUAAAGAAGAUUCUCAAGGCACGUUGUUUUCUCGAGACUUUCUAUUCAAACCAAAUUACAGACAACGCAAAGCCAGAAAAACUGGUCUUACUACUGUGGAACUUCAAAAGAUAUUUCCUGAGCUUUCAGAAAAUGCACCGUCUCAAGCCGUUGAAGGUUCUGGAAGAACCAGCCAAAGAACUCGUCGUAGUGAAUUACUAAACAAAAGUCAACAAAAGAAAACACAUCAGCGCCCACAAUUCAAUCGCUAUGGAGAUACAGUAAUGGUUGAUAGAUGUCCAGAAUGCCAUGUUAUACUGGAACAAUAUGAUGAAGAAACCAUUGGGCUGUGCAUUCUGGUAUUAUCAGCUUUUAUAUACAGGGAGCCCUCACUGGCAAUGCCCACAAUGCUGGACAGCCUCCAGUGUGUAGCAAAGAUUGCUUCUUCUAAUUCAUAUCCCUGGCAAGUUGACAGUACUUUAAUGGCACCUGGCAAUUGUGUAAGUAUUGCCAGACAGUUCAUGAGGUGUUGUUUACACCACCUUGCCCCGAAUGGAAUUUUUCCAGUACUUUUCCAAAGUAAUUUAGAAGAUACAAACUUUUGGAAGACGAUGGCAUCUGCUCUUAUUGACUUUAAUGAACUCACAUGCCAUACACCGAUGCAGCUUCUUCUGGAGGGCUUAAACAACAAAAAAACACUUCCAUCUGAGAACAUCAUGCUACUUCUGAGUAAUUUGGCCACUUACCUAAACUGCAUCCCAUUGGAAACUUCCUCCCCACUAUGGCCUAACAUUCUCACUCAAUUUGAGAUUUUUUUCCGUCAUCUUCCUCUAGUUUUGCCAAAUCCAUGUGAUACUACUUCUAUUUUACGCAUUAUGAUUUCCAUUUUAAAAAUCCCUGGAAUUACAAAUGUCCGGGGAAUCCUUGAACCAUUUUCAAAAGUGAUGAGUUUUACCAUCCAGAAUUGUUCAUUUAAACUUCAGCAGAUUAUCGACAUAUGUUCCCUGUGCAGCCGUACAAUGGGGAAGGAAAGGGACAAACUGUUCCUCACACGGACUGUGAUCUUGGAAUUGGUGCAAGCUCUCAAGUUCAAACAGAGUUUACCAGAUGAAAAUUUGUUGUCACUAGUUCAAUUUGUUGUUCUGGAUGCUGGUGGUACAAUCUGCCCUUCAAACAUUGUAAACAAUGAUGUAUGUAUGUUAUUCAAGUCCCAAUCGCAAAUGUUAACCAGUACCUGCGUAGCUGACUGCAUGAAACAAUACCUCAAUGACUGUGUAGAGUUCAUCUCAGACUUACACACCCUUACAAAAGUCAAGAGUACUAUGAAAGGAGGUGCACUAAAUGAAGACACACUUGGUAGCCAGUUAAAGUCUGGCAUUGCACAGUACAUCGCACUGGAAAUUACCAAAAGCAAUGGCCGAGAAAACAAGGCCAUUGCACGCUACCUUCCUUGGCUUUAUCAUCCACCGUCAGCUAUGCAACAAGGACCAAAAGAAUUCAUAGACUGUGUAAGUCAUAUUCGUUUAUUAAGUUGGAUCCUAAUUGGAUCUUUAACCCAUACAGCAGUUACAGAAGGAUCUGAAUCUAUUUACUGCCUCCCCGUACCAUUAGAUGCUGGCUCACACAUCGCUGAACACAUUAUGGUCAUUUUAACUGGUUUUGCAGAUUAUUCUAAGACUUCAGUGCUACAUAUGUCUUCCCUAUUCCAUGCUUUUAUUUUAUGUCAAUUGUGGACAAUGUAUUGUGAAUCAGCCGCUGCGCACCAUCCAGCAAACAGCGAACAACAUCAAACCGCAUCAGACAACGUAAUGGACUUCUGGGCUCGUGUUACACCUGGCGUCUUGCAACUUCUCUCACAUUCUAAAGUGUUAGCUGAAAGAGUCAACCUACAUUUCUUAAGACUAAUGGAAGCACUGCAAGAAUGCAAUUCUUCAGUUCUUGCCAAAUUAUUUCCUAUGUGGACUGCCAUUCUAUAUGCUUACCAUGCACAACUUCCUGCUCAUUUACAAGUACGGCUGCAAGCUUGCCAAAACUGGGAACCACCACUCCAGACCAAGGAACAGACAUCUGCCAGCGUCUCCAUCCUGAUGAACUGGCUGAAGAGGAUCCAAUUCAAACUUGGGCAAACAGAGGUCCAGUCAGCUGCUGCCACACAGUUCUAUACUGUUUAGAACACAACCCAUGUAUUUCUUAGUAGGCUGUGACUCAUUGUUGUGUAGCUAAUACCCCUAAAUAGUACAUGUAGAUAAUCAUUCCAUCAAGAAACAAGUGGCAGUAGAGAAGAUGGUGAGAGUUUCGGGCAGGGGCACGUUUAACAUGUUGCUCUUGGUAUGGUUUUGUUGAGAUAUUCUUAUUUAUUGUUAAUUGUUACAAGCCACCUUCUGUUAGCGUUUAUGCAAGUAUAUUUUGAUUUCUGAGAAAUUCUCAGGGUUAGAAAGAGAAUUGAAAAAAAAAAAAAAAUGCAAUUAACCCUUUAGCAUUUAAAGUGUUCAUAUCUAACACAAAUGUUCUUGAUUCAUGUUCAAACAGGCCAGAUCCAGCCUUUCACACCUACUCUACAAUGUCAUUCUAAAAACAAGCACUCAAAUCAUUGAAAUCUCAAAGCUACAAGAUAACACAUGAUUAAUUCAAGGACAAUAUGAAUAUACAAGCAUUAUAUUUGACAAAGUGAUCUAAAUGCUGAAGGGUUAUUAAAGAAUAUUAUAUUGUUGAAUUUUUUUUUGGAAGUGACUCAGUGGUUAAUGGGUUUGGGUCCACAGAGUCUCUACAGCUGGUUGUUUCAAACUGUUGGUGUUGUUCCACACCCCUUGAUGAGGGGCAAGACUCCCUCUCUCAUCAUUCACUUUACACAUCUCAUCCAACCUUAGGCUGUAUAAUAACCACUUUAUGACUCCCACUUUAUAACUGAGUGGUUGAUGUUAGCGAGCACGUUUAACUCAAAAAUAAAAUAAAAUAAAAUAAAA